CUUCUCUGACCACGCCAGAACAGAUCCAAAGACUUUUCUUUUCAUCUUUCGCUUCUCCCCUUCUUUCCCACAUCAGUCGUUCGCCAUGCUCGCGCACUCUUUGCUGAGCGGCGCGCUGCUGCUCCUGCCCAUCGCAGUCACCGUCGGCAUCUACAUCGGCGUCGAGUUCCAGAAGAUCUUUCAUGACGGCUUCAAAGGCUCGUAUGGCAUCCCAACUGGCAGCGGAGGCGGUUCUGCCACGCCUGGAAGCAGCGGAGGUGUCGAGACGAACAUGUACUGCCAGAAGCUCAUCGGCAUCACCCCCCAAGGCAGCCGAUAUACCUAUAAUCCCAACCAGUGGGGUCUCGGCGCUAACGAUCCUUCGGGGCUGUGUAUGAAUAUUACGACGGGCACUCUCGCAAAGAACAGCAAAUAUGCCGACCCUUUUUCCGUCACCUGGAAUUACACUCAGGGGCCUGAGACACAGCCUGUGCACGCGUUCCCUAACGCGUUGCUUGAGGCCGACAAUCUGCCUACAACCAUCUCGAGUGUUUCAAGUAUCCCGGUCGAUGUCUCCUGGACGUAUGGCAUCGGCAAUAGCAACGAAACCAACACGGCCACGGCCGAUCUGGAUGCAGCGGAUCUCAAUGCCAAUGUUGCAGUCGAUAUGUUCUUGGAUACCGACAAAAGCACCAGCUCAGAAACCACCAAGGCAGCCCAUGAGGUAAUGGUUUGGCUCGGACAAUUUGGCCCCGCAACACAGCCCAUCGGAUAUUCCGCAGGUGCUGUGGUAACGAAGUCUAUCAAUGGCACUACGUUCAAUCUCUACACUGGUACGAACGGAAACGGCCAGCAUGUGUGGACAUGGGUAGCAACCACAACAACAAACCGCUUUGUCGGCGACAUUAGUCCACUCAUAACAGAAUUGUCGGCGCAGUCAGGCCCUACUGGGACUGACUACCUUGGGUACAUUGGUUUUGGAAGUGAAGCGUAUUGGUCGCCGCAGAACGUGACAUUUUCGGUUCCGGAGUUAUACAUAGACGUUUUGUAAUCUCUGUUAUGAUAAUUCUGCAAGCAUAUGGUUCUGGCGUUGUGGCUUUAGAUAUCCAGCGGUCUCGAGGAAACAGACGCGCAUGCAAAAUACAUGAAACAUUGCCUCAUUCAA